UGGACACAAAAACUGCGAAAUCAAGGAGAAGGACAGCGCCCAGAAUAACUGUAAACCUCUGUAAACUGCGUUCAGCAUCUCGUUGGGAAUGGGACCCAGGUUAUAUCCUCUGGGUUGUUGGACAUUAAAACAGAGGACAUGUCCUUCAGUUUGUUAAUGCCACAGAGCUACACACAACUCUCCAAGCAUGCAGUGAUAGUAUCUCCCCACUCAGCAGUCCUGUUUGAUCCAAGAAAAACGUGCCUUGUAAGGAAGCAGGAUGUUCACAGGCUCCACCAAACUGCCACCCACUAAAACCCCCCAGCCCGAGCGGCUAGAUGAAGUGUACGCCGCCUUGCGCAGAGGCUUACAGUCGUACCUGCAGGUCCACCAGCUGGAGCUGGACAGUCUGGGUCAGCAGAUCAGAGAAAACAAGAGAAACGGUCGUCUGGGGUCUUUGUAUGAGUUGGAUAAGCAAGUGAAAGCCAUCGAGAGGUUCAUGCGUCGCUUGGAGUUUCACCUCAGCAAAGUCGAGGAAUUGUAUGACGCUUACUGUAUACAGCGGCGACUGCGUGAUGGAGCAAGCAAGAUGGUGGCAGCAUUUAACUCCGCCACUGGCAGCAAGGAGGCCCGAGAGAGCCUGAGUGAGGCCAACAAGGGUUACAGGGAAUGUACGGAGCACAUGUGCUCUCUUGAGAGUGAGUUAGAAAGCCAGAUGGGUGAAUUUCAUGUCAAGAUGAAGGGCCUUGCUGGAUUUGCGCGACUGUGUGCUGGUGACCAAUAUGAGGUCCUAAUGCGCUAUGGGCGGCAGCGCUGGAGGCUACGAGGCCGUGUGGAAGUCAGCAACAAGCAGAUAUGGGACAGUGAGGAGUAUAUUUUCUUGCCCCUCGUUGCAGACCUGUUGUCAAUCAAGGUGACGGAGCUGAAGAGCCUGGCCAAUCACGUGGUGGUGGGCAGUGUGUCCUGUGAAAUGCUCGAUCUGUUCUGCCCGCUCCCUCAGACGCUUGCCGUGGAUAUCAACGACCUGGGGACGGUGAAGCUAAACUUGGAGGUUACCUGGAGUCCAUUCGAUAAGGAUGACCAGACAUCAUCCUCCAGUACAGUUUCCAAACGGCUGCUGUCCAAUCAGAGCCCUCCUGACACGCCAUCUAUGCGCGAGCAGGUUUUCUAUUCCCUUCUGAAGCGUCAGGGAGAAAUGGAGAAUGGGACAGUCUGGUCCAACUCUUCUGAAUCUUCAGACGACUCCUCCAGUCCAGCGCUGGCUCAUCACACUCAGAGGCUGACAGCCUCCAACAUGCUGCAAACCACUCUGACCAAUCAGCUCUCACUUGCACCACACAAGUCCAGCGCAUCGACCCCAUCACUGUCAUCCAACCAAGAGGAGGACGAGACAGAAGGAGGGGAUGUUUUCCCUCAGACGGACGCAAUGCCAAACGGCCACCUGCAGACUUCCUGCUGUCUCAGUGUUGCCGGAGAGAGUACCUCAGACUAUGUUACCACUGACAGGGCAUCUGUCCAAUCAGAGGAACUCUCAAAAACACCAGAGUUGAGUUGCUCCUGCCAAAAAGAAUCUCCUGUACCUCAAGUGUCAUUGGUGGAGAAGGCUGAGCUAAAGGAUGAUCCAUGUGAGGACUUGCUGGCACAGACUAAAGAGACUGAAACAGAACUAGAGGAUGGCACCACUGAAACUUCAGAGGGAGGCGAGGUUGAACAAAGAGAACCACAUCAGUCCAUUCAUGAGUUAAAACAACCAGAGGACACUCCAACAGCUCCUUUUCCUACUUCUGCUAGUUUCACUCAGGAAGUCGAGACUGCCCUUGAAAGCUUCGACUUUCUCAACUACUCUGAUCUCGAUGAGGAAGAUGAACAGCAGCAGGAAGACAAAGGAGCAAAAGAAGAGCAUGAUGGGGAAUGUGAAGAGGACCAAAAUAAACCAGAAGAGAAACUAGAAGAGGAGACUAUGGAGAACUUGUACUCUGGAGGAAGCAGUGAUGCAGAGGAGGCAGAUGGUCUGGAAAUUCUCAUGGAAGCUCCAGAAGGAUUUAGGAACUCAGAUGAAGAUCGUUUUUCUGAAUCACAGGAGUCGAACAUGGAUGAUGUGCUGGAUUUGGGUCAGGUGGAAAUUCCCAACGAGAAAGAGGAGCACAGUGAGGAAAAGGGAGAUGAACCACAUGGAGAGGAGACCUCACAUGAUCAGCCAGAGCGUCCCUCCACUCCCAGUCAACUGGCCACUGCUGUCUUCUAAUGACUCAGUGGAGCCACAGCUAAUUAAUUUGUUCCUCUCUGACAAACCGGUGCCAUCUCUCUCACACUGCAGGCUUGGAGGCCUUGAGGAUGUUCCACUUCUCAGACAAACAAGCUCUUCCAUCACAGUGGAGUUUGUGCUUAUUUUUGCCUUGUUUACCAAGAAUGAUAAACCUGGAGGUUACUGCACCACUAGCCAGACUGAAACACACACACACACACACCUCACUCCAACAGUAAUCAUUCUUUUGACACACUCCAUUAUUUUGCCUGGGUUAAAGUGGGACACCACUAAUGUUUACAAUUUCAUAAACUGCUUCUGUGUGAAAAUUCAUUGUCCAAAAAGAUUUAAGGAACAGAUAAACGCGGCCUUAUUUCUGCAUAAUUAUUUUAAAACUAUUUUUUAAGUCCAGUCUUUUAUUUUUCAGUCUACAGAGAAACACUCAUUUACCAAGUUGCAUUCGGUUUUCAUAAAGAAACAGUAUUUGUGGUUAAACAAACCUACCAAGGUUGUGAUUUCAGUGUUAAAUCAGUGUACAGCCCAAAGCUCUUUCAUUGUCAGACGAAAGACUUUAUGAGCAUGUGAUGUUUGUCUGAAGACAAGAAGUUAUUUUCAAACUGGGAAUGUACCCUGAAAACAAAGAGGAUCUUUUCUUUUAAGUUCCUUUUCAUUUCAAACUGUGUCAGUGCCUGUGCUGAAUGGACACAUUAUAGAAGAAGUUGAUAUAAAUUCUCAAAGAAUAGGAUUUCAGAGCUCAUUUUUGGUCUGCUUUUUACAAACAUGAAAACCAUCCGCAGUGUGGAUCUAUAUUUAAACCUGCAUGUGUCACCGCCUCAUGCUGCCAGCAUGUCUGAUCAGUUUAAAGUGUGAAAGCUAGGCUCUGCUCCAACGAAGCCACCCACCCGAUCUGUAACUGUGUCAGAAAGCUGCCUCACGGGGGCGCUGUUGUCUUUCAUUUUGCUUUUACAUAGUGCUUAAACGGCCUCGUCAUUCAGAAAGUGCCUCAAGUGACAGAGAUGUUAAAGUUUUAAUUGCCAUGGCAGGAGAGAUCCGGCAGAUGAUAGUGUUUUAUUUUCUGAAUCACUUUAAGAGUGUGCACAAUAAGAGAUAUUUACUGUUUCAUAUUAAGAAUUGUAUAUGUCUUGAAAUGUUAAAAUGUUUAUGUUCAGAAAUGUUUAAACUUUAUAAAGGUUUCUUUAAAAUUAA